GUUGGGCUCACAGCUCUGAGGGAGCAUAGUUUUUAUUUCUUCCGUUGAAUUGUUUAUUGUUUAUUUCGUGGUUCAAGAUGACUCAGAUGUCAGAUGAACAGUUUCGUAUAUUAAUCGAAACUAUCAAAGCCCUGGCCCCCGUUAAAGAAGAAGAACCCGUGUCGAAGGGGAGUUUUAGCAAUUGUCCGGUUCGUUUUAGUGGACAACGAGAUCACGAUGCUGUCGAUGAAUUCAUCACAGCUGUCGAGGCCUACAAGGAGGUGGAGGGCAUUAGUGAUAAGGAUGCUUUGAAGGGUUUACCCCUACUCUUCAUAGGCAUUGCUGUGAUGUGGUGGAAAGGUGUGCGUCGCGAUGUCCACACUUGGGAGAAUGCCAUGCAACUGAUACGGGAUCAUUUCUCACCCACUAAACCCUCGUAUCAGAUCUAUAUGGAAAUCUUUGAAACUAAGCAAGGGAGUGCAGAGGUCAUCGAUCAAUUCGUGUGCAAGCAGCGAGCCUUGUUGGCCAAAUUGCCAGAGGGCAGGCAUGAUGAGGCCACCGAAUUAGAUUUCGUUUAUGGUUUGCUGCAACCCAAGUACCGAGAGAGUAUUCCCAGACAUGAGAUUAAAGCAUUUCGCGAGCUUCUCGAAAAGGGAAGAAAUGUUGAGAGAACUAAACAUUAAUAGGACUAGUUUAAUUUUAGUAGAUAUGAGUUAGAAAUAAGUUUUAAUUAUUAGUUAAUUAAAUUUACCUAAAACUAGACAUCACUUUAAGUAACCGUUAAAUUUAUAAAUAAAAUAAAGUAAUGCAAAUAAA